UCCGGCCCCGCCCACCGCGGUCCUCCUUCGCCGCCUCAGGUGCCGAGUGUGUCAGGGAGAGAGUGAGCGGGCCUGCCCUUCGGAGCCGUGCCUUCCUCAGGGGGAGAUGCAAGGAGGCGGGGAAGGUAAUUUGGAAUAAAGAUUAAGUGGUGAAAUGUUUUGUCAUUGGGAGGCAGUGAAGAGGCUGUGUUUCAAGACAUUACCAUUGCAGCAGGCUGUCCAGGCGAGAGCUUUAUCGGGGGCUGAUGCUGUCAAUGCUCUGAGACCAUUUUAUUUUGCAGUGCAUCCAGAUUUUUUUGGCCAGCAUCCCAGAGAAAGGGAAAUCAAUGAAAAUUCUUUGAAAAGAUUAAAUGGGUAUUUGGAGAAUCUCCAGAAACCUGGUUUCAGGUCUUUUAAGCCAAUUCAGCUCACUUUUUAUGUACGAGAGAGAGAACAAAACCUUUCAAAUGUCCAGGAAUCAUUUAGCAGUACAGGGUUUCGAGCAGUCAGUUUCACUCUACGCACCAGAGACCUGCUAAGCACAGUGAUAAACAUCCUGAAUUCCUGCAGCCUAUCUACCGAGCACUUACAAAGCUUGAGUGUGAAUACUCCGUCUAACCCGGGAACACAAAAACCAUUUCCAAGGCCAAUUAAAUGGGACAAGACCUAUUAUUCUUUUACUGGAUUCAAAGAUCCUGAGGAAGAACUGGAGCAGGCCCAGAGGAUGGAAACUACUCUAAGUUCCUGGUUAGAUAAUAAUGAAAAGAGUGCAGAAAAGAAGCUGAAGGAUAGCUUACCACGCAGGGAAGAACUAGACCGCUUGAAAGAUGAACUCUGUUGUCAGCUACAGCUCUCUGAUAUUAGAUGGCAGAGGAGUUGGGGCAUUGCUCAUCGGUGUAGUCAACUACACAGUUUAAGUCGGUUAGUUCAACAGAGCCCAGAAGCACCAAGGAAUGCAAAAGGACGCACAGUAAUUUUUACAGAUCGCUCUGGUAUGAGUGCAACUGGCCAUGUUAUGCUGGGAACUAUGGAUGUUCACCAUCACUGGACCAAAAUUUUUGAAAGGCUGCCAAGUUACUCGGCACUUCAAAAAAAAGUGCUGCUUCUGGAGGACCGUAUAAGCCAUCUUUUAGGCGGCGUACAAAUAACAUACGUUGAAGAACUGCAGCCGACGCUGACACUGGAAGAGUAUUACUCCAUUCUUGAUAGUUUUUAUAACCGAAUGCGUAACAGCAGGCUUCCAUUUCACCCUCACAGUUUGCGUGGAUUGCAAAUUAUUUUAGAAAGUGACAGGUACGCACCGAGUCUGCACGAAUUAGGCCAUUUCAUCAUCCCGACAGCCUGUGAUUUCAGUGCCCUUCAGUGGUUUAUCAUCACCAAUGCACAACAAGCAAGAGAGAAGAUGAAAAAAAAGGAAGAAUUAAUGAAGCUAGAAAAGCAGCUGGUAGAGGCUGCUGUGGAUAAAUUCUGCCUCCAACGACUAUAUAAGGAGCCCAGUGUUUCCAGUGUGCAGAUGAUCCAUUCCUGCAACAGACUGCUGGAAGAGGAGUUACUGCCAUACCUGCGAGGCAUGCACCUCUGCAUAUCCCACUUCUAUUCAGUGCUGCAAGAUGGAGACCUCUGUAUCCCUUGGAACUGGAAGAGUGGGCGGCACACCCAGUGAACAGAUAAGUUGUUUGUUUUGUGUAAGAGAAAAUGGAACUUUCCUUGGAACUUGAUUAAAUUCCCAAGAUGCUAAUUUCCAUGUCAGUAUUACAAGUAAACAAGAUAUCGUCAUGGUUUUUAGUGGCUGUUGAUAAAGCUACAAACAAGUGUCUUUUAAAGAUGCACAGUCUCAGUAAAAGGCUAAAUGGUUUCUGUAUGUAUCUGCAUCAGGAUAUAUAAGUGAAAGGUCCUGUUAGAGAACAAGUUAUCCAAAACAUGAGCACAGAAAUACGUACAUUUUAUAUAUUUUUAAAAUAAUGAAUUAGAUAUAGACUUGUAAACUACCUAAACAGGGUGAAUUGUAAUAUAUAAGGAAUUGUGCUUAAAGAAGCAUUCUUCAAAUUGAAGCUAAUCUAUGGCACAGAGAAUGUUGCAAUGUAAAAGCAAGAGAGUGAAUAUCUCUAAAGCUAUAUUUUGUGUGACAAAUGUUUUAUUUACAGAUUUGUACAUAAAAUGGAUUCUAAUGAAAGAUAAUAUUUAUUUUGCAAAAUUGCUGUACAGCUCACUUGAGUAAAUUUUAUAAAUGUUUAUUGAAAACUGUUAACCACUAGACCUUGCACUUUCUACAUUUUUUUUCAGAUAGACAAAAAAUAGACUAAAUUAUAUAUUCUUCAUACAGUUUGUGAGUGUUCCUUUUUUUAAACUAAGGAGCUGAUGUGCAAUGUUUUUGCAGGUAUCUUGCUAGAUGCACUCAAGCCUACACAGUAUGACAAGGAGAGCUAGGGAAAUGUUUCCUAUGCUCCAUAUCUCAAGUCCUUUAGGGAAGAACGGCCCUGCUCUUUGCUUACAAACGCCCCACAUACAUAGAUCCCUAGGGGAUGGCGAGCCAAAAAAUUGAUCCAAAACUAACUCGUGGCCUAGCUUUAGGUGCACCCCUCUUUACUUUAACUAACGUUUAGAUUAUGUCCACAUGGAAAUGUGUGCUAUUGGACGGAAUGGGAAAGUCUUAUAUAUGUAGCUUCCCGUCUUCUUAUGGAGAUUAGUCUUACUGUCAGCUGUACAUAUACAAUUUUUUGCAGGUAUCUUGCUAGAUGCAUUCAAGCCUUCACAGUAUGACAAGGAGAUCUAGGGAGGAACCAAACUGGACUGAAGUUACCAUUUUAUGUGACAUGGUUUGAAUUCUUAAAAUGAACAUCUUGUGUUUAUAUUCUCAUCACCUACAGCAGUGGUUCUCAACCUGUGGGUUUCCAGGUGCUUUGGCCUACAACUCCCAGAAAUCCCAGCCAGUUUACCAGCUGUUAGGAUUUCUGUGAGUUUAAGGCCAAAACAUCUAGGGGCCCACAGGUUGAGAACAACUGAUCUACAGGAAGACAGCUGACUUAAGGAUGUGUGGCCUGUGGCUCUGUAGAUGUUCACAUUCCCAUGAGCCUUUAAAGUAAAGCCAGAGAUCAAGUCUGAUGUGAGUUAUAAACCUGAAACUCUCGGAGGAUGACGGUUAGCCACCUUAAAUGAGAUGCACAGAAAUGUUCCACAUGAUCACACCAGGGCUUUAAACCAGGCAACCCUGCAUUUCUGUCACCUGCAUAAUUCUGGGAAAUGUAGUUUAGGGCAGGGCCUCUCUUCCCAAACUACAUUUCCCAGAAUUCUGCAGGCAGCAGAAAUGCGGGGCUGCCAGCUUUAAAGCUCUAGUGUAAGAACAUUGGUUAUCGCUUAUGAUUUCACUAGCAUGGGGUGUGAACUGAAAACUUGUUUGAUAAGAAAUUAUGACAAGCUUGUUUUCCUCCAUGAAUCUGUAUUCCUAAUCAAAAGGUCUGAAGCGGAGAUGUAUUAGUGUACUUUAUUUCAUGUACAAACACAAUCAGGCUAUAUUGCCUUGAAUGUCAGCAAGAUAUGUAGCUGUUACCUUGUUGAAAUGUAUGUGUAUUUUGUGUUUCAAAUAUAUGACUAGCUUGGUAAAAUUUCUGAUACUGGAAAGGAAUAAAUUGUUGUACUACAAAUGAUAGAGCACCUUUGAAUCCAGUGGAAACUGAAAGCACAGAGAUUCCUUCAGACAAAUCCCUAAACGUGGAGGUACCUAUUUUGUUGCUGGAUAUCAAUAAUCUGAAAAUUCAGUUGUCCUAUGUCAGUAUUUUGACGUACUUCUGAUGAGAUGUCAUUGCUGUUUUUAAGAAAUAAAGUCGUGUUUUCAACAUGG